CCAAAUCUUCUCGCAGUCACCUCUUUGGCACAUUCAUAAUGAAAUCGAUAGUAGGGGCUCUCCGCCGCGCUGGCUUGACCGCCUUCGCUGUGGCCGCAGCCUUGUCCUCCCUGGCUAGCGCCGAAGUCGAGGUCCGAUCUCUCGAAGAGCGUGCAGCUUCUGGCAACCGCCUGGUCUUUGCUCAUUUCAUGAUUGGCAUUGUUGGACAACGUACCGGCCCAAGCGACUAUGAUGCUGAUAUGCAGCGUGCCAAGGCCUAUGGCAUUGAUGCCUUUGCCUUGAACAUUGGUCUUGAUUCUUAUACCGACACGCAACUCGGCUAUGCUUAUCAGUCCGCCGCCAACAAUGGCAUGAAAGUCUUCCUUUCCUUUGACUUUAGCUAUUGGAGUACUUCCAACGGCACCGGCGUGGGCCAGAAGAUUGCUCAAUAUGCUGGCAACGCUGCCCAGCUCCAAGUCAAUGGCCGAGUCUUUGCCUCGUCCUUCAUUGGCGAUGGUCUCGAUGUUAAUGCCGUCCGCUCUGGUGCUGGCUCUAAUGUCUACUUUGUUCCCAACUUCCACCCUAACACCGAUACUUCUGCCAUUGAUGGUGCUUUGAACUGGCAGGCUUGGGACAGCAACGGCAACAACCGGGCUCCCUCCAAUGGUGUGAAUAUCACUGUUGCUGAAGGUGAUUCUGCUUACGAGAGCUGGCUCAACGGAAAGACUUAUCUCGCUCCCGUUUCUCCCUGGUUCUCUACCCACUUUUCUAGCAAGAACUGGGUCUUUCCCUCUGGUGAUCUGCUCUUCACCCGAUGGAACGAGGUCAUUCAACAGGGCUUCCCCAUGGUGGAGAUUGUCACUUGGAAUGAUUACGGCGAGUCUCAUUACGUCGGACCUCUCAGCUCUGAGCAUAGCGAUGAUGGCUCUUCCAAGUGGGCCAAUGAUAUGCCUCAUGACGGCUUCCUUGAUCUUUCCAAGCCUUUCAUUGCUGCCUAUAAGAAUGGCGACACUAAUGUUGCCAACUACAUCACCCAGGAUCAGGUUAUUUACUGGUACCGCCGAAACUUGAACAGCCUUAACUGCGAUUCUACUGAUUCCUUAGGUCGUCCUGAUGGUUACCAGACUUUGAGUGAUACCGUCUACGUUGUCACCCUCCUUAAGUCUGCCGGUACCCUCACUGUUAAGUCGGGUAGCAACUCCCAAACUUUCAACGCAGCUGCAGGCGCCAAUAUCUUUACUGUCCCUGCUGCCCUUGGUCAACAGACUUUCACUCUGGCACGUAACGGCGCGAAUGUGUUGUCUGGAACCUCGCUGAUGGAUAUUACUGCUGUUUGCACUUGUGGUCUUUACAACUUCAAUGCUUACGUCGGCACUCUCCCUGCUGGUUUCUCCGACCCUCUCCCUCCUGACGGUCUCACUCAGUUGACUGCCGGACUGCAGGUUACAACUUGCAAGCCUACCCCUUCACUGGGAACGAACCCUCCCACAAGCACAACUGGCGGCGGCUCUCCUGGCUCUCCCACGCCUACUAACUGCAAUGCCGGAACUGUGGCUCCGGGCGAGUCCGGAAACUUCACUGGCCUCUGCCAAUUCGCUUGCUCUUAUGGCUACUGCCCGCCGGGCCCUUGUGUCUGUACCAGCACUGGCCCUUCAACGCCACCACCGACGAAUGGCCGCAACGGCUGCCCAAUUGCCGGUGAACCAUCAUCUUACGAUGGUCUUUGCAGCUUUACCUGCAAUCACGGUUACUGCCCCGAAGGAGCUUGCCAAUACUGUUAAAACUUGAGCCAUUAUCAUUGUAGCCAUUUCUAAUAUGGCGUGUAUAUAAGAAGCCAUAAAUAAUAAAUCGCUAAAAAUCCACUUAUUCAUGG